AUGAUGCACUGGACAACAGUUCUCGAAAAUCAAACUCGAAAAAGAAACCCGUUGAAGAGCAAGAAAUUGCAGACAAACAACGUGCAGAACUAGAACUGCUCAUGGACGAUACCGACGAAGAUAACUUUGAAAUUAACGCCAAUGAUCCGAGAUUUGCUGCUUUACUCGAGAACCAUCAUUUUGCGAUAGAUCCUACAAAUCCUCAUUUUAAGAAGACUAAAGCUAUGCAAAAGUUACUGGAAGAACGGCAGCGGCGACAGGUUCUUGCCGAUAGUGAGGAGAUACGAGAUCAAGAAUCUUGGAAUACUUCUUCCAACACAUUUAAAGACGCUAGCCUGUCAUCUUUAGUGAAUUCUGUAAAACGAAAAACGGCAGUCAUUUCAGAGAAAAAUCGUCGCGCUAAGCCUGAAUUUUUAAUCGAUUAA